UGCUCCAUCCUCGAGCCCCUCCCCUCCCCACUCUCUGCGGCUCACAACCAAGUCAUAGAAACAGCACGCGGACGGAAACGCCAACUUCACCUUCCCAUUGACAAAAGCCGACACUCGUCUUCACGGCGCGAGUGCAGUCAGACAGAGAUAAAUAAAUAAAAGAUGAAGAAGGGUGAAGAAUGAAUUAGUUAGUGUUUUUUUUUUUAAACAGGUGUCAGUCAGGGGGCACGGUCACCUUUCAUCGUCCUGCCGUAUGCGGCUCACUCGUGCGCUUCCCGUGACAUGACAACACUCCGCACGCGCCUGAUUCCGUCGCAUUCGCUUGCUGUCCACGAGCGGCCACGAUGGUUAAAUGUCCUGUUUAACGGUCGAGAGGUGUGGAGCAGUCGCGUUUAAAAGGUCGGAGCAGAAUGCCAUACAAGUUCGCAUGCUGGCUGAUGGCAGACUGAACACUGGUCAUGCUGGUGUGCUGCUGGUUGAGAGACGAGGCUCCUACCCGCUGAUUGACCUGCGAAUCCUCAAAACCAGCGCCCAGCAGGGGGAGGUAGAGUCCGGCACCAGGAGAAAGGUGAAGCGUCUGCUGAGCUUUCAGAGAUACUGCCACGCCUCCAGGCUGCUCAGGAGGUUGGUGCCCCACACCCCCGGGUCACUGCACCUACUGGACGACGACUACCUGGGACAAGCUGCGCACAUGCUAUCAAAGGUCGGGACCUGGAACUUUGACAUUUUCCUCUUCGAUCGCCUCACAAAUGGUAACAGCCUGGUGACUCUGUUGUGCCAUCUCUUCAAUGUCUACGGUCUCAUUCACCACUUCCAGCUGGACAUGGUCAAACUGCACAGGUUUCUCGGCAUGGUGCAAGAGGACUACCACUCCCAGAAUCCCUAUCACAAUGCUGUUCACGCUGCUGAUGUAACCCAAGCCAUGUACUGCUACCUGAAGGAGCCCAAGCUGGCAGAGCAGCUGAGUCCUCUGGACGUGUUCCUGGGUCUGUUGGCGGCAGCUGCUCACGACGUGGACCAUCCUGGGGUCAACCAGCCUUUCCUCAUUAAGACCCGACACCACCUGGCAUCCCUCUACCAGAACACAUCUGUGCUGGAGAGCCACCACUGGAGAUCCACUGUGGGCAUGCUGCGAGAGUCAGGACUGCUGUCCCACCUGCCUGCUGACAUGUCGCAGGACAUGGAACAACAGCUAGGCUCUCUCAUCCUGGCUACAGACAUCAGCCGACAGAAUGAGUUCCUGUUGACCUUCAGAGAACAUCUGGACAACCAGGACCUGGACCUCCAGCUGGCUUCACACAGGCACUUUAUCCUGCAGAUUGCUCUGAAGUGUGCAGACGUCUGUAAUCCGUGUCGGGUUUGGGAGCUGAGCAGACAGUGGAGCGAGAGGGUGUGUGAGGAAUUCUACAGGCAGGGUGACCUGGAGAGAAAGUUUGACUUGGAGAUCAGUCCUCUGUGUAACCAGCAGGCUGACUCUGUCCCAGCCAUUCAGAUAGGGUUCAUCUCCUACAUUGUGGAGCCUCUGUUUGAGGAGUGGCAUCGCUUCACUGAGCCCAGCCCACUCAGCCAGACCAUGAUGGGUCACCUGCACAAAAACAAGGCCCGCUGGAGCCACCUACGAUACGCACACACACCUUCAGACACACAAACACACCCCAGCGCAGAGGAGCCUGAGCCUGAAGGAGGAGGUGGUGGAGGAGGAGGAGGAGAGGGGGAAGACAUCCCUUAAUCUUCUUGCCUCUUGAGGUGUUUCAUCUUGCUUUGUGAACGGAGGAGAGGAGUGUUUAUCCUCCUCCUUGUUUGUCCUCCUGCGUAUUUUCUCCCACUGCUGGUUGUUUGCAGGCUCUGAAAGUGGGAGCUCUGGGUGGUGGUCUGGCUGGGAUUCAUGAGAGAUGGCUCCCUCUGCUGGAGUGGACGACUGAAGCCCUGCAGGAUAAAAAAAAAAAAAAAGAAGAGAGAGAUUCAUAAUCAGGCAGAUGGAUGGAUGAGGGAUGGAUGGAUCUUAGUAAAUAUAAGCCAAUUUGACAAAGUCAUGCCUUUCUCUUUAACCCUGUGAUAUCAGCUUCAAAGUAUCUGAGAAAAGCAGGAAUAUGUUAUGUCUGAGGGCAGAAGAGGGAUCGGCGAAGACAAAUAUUAAUGUGUUUGCACAAUGCUGCUAGAACAAUAAAGAAAUGAAAAAGCCAAAAUGAUAUACAGUGGGACUGUGCUGGAAACAGAUGACUUGAAGAGAUGAAAGAAAAAGAGGAAUCUAUAAAUAUAUCCACUAUAUUUCACUUUUUAAACUUUUCGACAAUACUUACUGUAUUAAGCUCUUUUCACUUUUUUCUCUUUUUUUUGUACAGCUUGCACUUCUCUCGGAUGCUCUUUCAUACAAGUGUCUCACUUGUCUACUUUUCACUGAAGUGCGUUUUUAACUCCAGCACUAAAUUGGUAUGUCAAGGUACUAUAAACUGUACAACGUGUUCUGUUUUGUUUGACCGAUGCAGUUAAUGACUGAAGCCAAAGCGGCUUCAGGCAGAUGUUUUUGGACUCACCGAUGGGGGGAGAACACAAAUGAGAGCCAUUUAAAAAAAAAAAAAAA